AAACAGUCAAAUAUGUUUUGAUGUAGUUAGAAUUUUGUAGCGAAGCAGGGAUGUGGUAGUCAGGCAAGUUGGAAAUUUGUUCUGAAAAAUGGCUUUGGUGUUGAAGAAGAUUUACCACCUAUUUUUAAGUGCAGAAGAAUUAUCUGAAGUGCUACAUUUGCAAACAUUAAGUCUCUCCCAGUUCAAACCUCACUCUUAAAAAUUUCCGAACUUGAGCAGCAGAGUAGUCACCUUCUGCCAAAAUAUCAUCAAUGGUGUACUCUCCGAGUUACAAAGAGGUUAAAGAUUAGGGAACAGACAUCAGAUUUUCUCGGUCGAAUAGUUUCCAGGUGUCUCGCCACUACCGGAUCAGAGAUUAAAAGAUGCUUGGGUACUUGGGAAACCGAUACAGCUAUUAGCCCUCACCGCUAUCUACCUCUACUUUGUCAAGAAGCUUGGACCCCAGUUGAUGGAAAAAAGGAAACCUCUAGAAAUUAAGAAGAUUAUGAUGGCUUAUGAUAUACUCCAAGUGGUACUAAAUGCAUAUGUCUCAUGGGAGGCUCUGCUUUCACUUCUCAAAGGCAACUGGAGGUGCAACGCUAUAGAUUAUUCGGACGAUCCAUUUGCCUUGAGGCAGCUGUGGAUUGGAAAAUGCUAUUUUUGGUUGAAAAUAUUGGACCUUCUUGAUACGGUAUUUUUCGUCCUUCGGAAGAGUUACAGACAAAUAAGCUUCUUACAUCUAUACCACCAUUCAGUCAUGUUACUUGGCAUGUGGUACGGUGUUACGUAUUUCUGUGGUGGAGAUAGUUUAUGGGUGGCUUGUGUGAAUGGAUUUGUACAUACCAUCAUGUUCCUGUAUUACUUCUUGGCUGCCUACGAUGCUAGUUGGAAAAAUAACUUAACUGUAAAGAAAACUUUAACGCAGAUUCAACUGGUACAAUUUCUGUUCUUCACCCUGAAAUUCUCACAGCUCUUCAUCCAAAAGGAUUGCAUGUACCCCAAGAUUGCAUCGAUUUUGUUUGUACCACAGAAUUUGUUUAUGUCUGCUCUAUUUAUGGACUUCUACUUAAAGUCGUAUGUGUACAAAGUGAAAAAGAGCUGAUUAUUUGGCAUUUUGUAGGGAAUACUUGUAUUUAUUGAUAUUUUAGUAUUGACAAGCCAAUAAAUUUUUUUUAUUUAUACAUGCA